AUGCGUCUCCUAGAAAGAGACGAUGUCGGCGGGAUCUACCCGACAAAGAAACUGCUUCGCGACCAGAUUCCACCAUAUGCGAUUUUAUCACACACAUGGGGGCCCGAUGAGGAGGAAGUCAGCUACAAAGACUUAGAGGACGACAGAGCCGUAAACAAACCCGGCUACAACAAGAUCCGGUUUUGCGCAGAUCAAGCUAGGCGUGACGGACUGAAAUUCUUCUGGAUAGACACAUGCUGUAUCGAUAAGUCCGACAGCACUGAGCUUUCGGAGGCGAUCAACUCUAUGUUUCGGUGGUACCGUGGUGCAGCGAAAUGCUACGCCUAUCUCGUGGACGUCUCGAUCCCGCUCUCUAGCGCUGACGAUACAUCCGUCUGGGAAUCGGCUUUUCGAGCGAGCAGGUGGUUCACCCGCGGGUGGACUCUGCAAGAGCUCAUUGCUCCGACAUCAGUCGAAUUCUUCUCGAGAGAGGGGAUGCGUCUUGGGGAUAGGAUAUCUUUGGAGCAAAUUGUUCAUGAGGUGACGGGGAUUCCCCUCCAAGCCCUGCGAGGUAGUCUUUUGAGUGAUUUUAGUGUACAUGACCGGUUGGCAUGGAUCAAGCAACGCAAAACAGCACGUGAAGAAGACAUGGCGUACUCGCUUUUCGGUAUCUUCGACGUCCAUCUGCCUCUUAUCUAUGGCGAAGGAAAAGAGAAGGCAUUUGAGCGGUUGCGAGAGAAGAUUGGGAAGGAUGACGGCUGUCUGGCCGACCUGCGUGUCACCGACUCUCGCCACGACAAGAAGCGGAUCGAAGCUGCCAAGGGAGGCCUCCUGAGAGACUCCUACUGCUGGAUUCUUAGCAACGUCCAAUUCCAACAAUGGCGCGACGGCGACGAUCAACGGCUGCUCUGGAUCAAAGGCGACCCCGGCAAAGGCAAGACUAUGUUGCUCUGCGGCAUCAUCGACGAAUUAGAAAAGUCUACACCAACCGGCCUUCUAUCCUUCUUCUUUUGCCAAGCCACUGACUCGCGCAUCAACAAUGCCACUGCUGUCCUCCGUGGUCUGAUCUACCUUCUUGUCAGCCGACAACCAGCACUCAUCUCACACGUGCGGCGGCCUUAUGAUCAUGCAGGAAAAAAGAUGUUUGAGGAUCCUAACGUAUGGGUUGUCUUGUGUGAGAUCUUUACUAGCAUUCUACAAGAUCCCGGGUUGAGAAUGACGUAUUUGAUCAUCGACGCGCUUGAUGAAUGCGUGACAGACUUGCCGCAGCUUCUCGAGCUAAUCACCCGGACCUCCUGCACAUCUUCUCCAAUCAAGUGGAUCGUCUCGAGUCGCAAUUGGCCGGACAUCGAAGAGCAAUUGGAAGCAGCCACGCAGAAAGCAAGGCUAAGCCUCGAGCUCAACGCAGAAUCUAUCUCUACUGCUGUCAACGCAUUUAUCCAAAACAAGGUAGAUCAACUGGCACCGAAAACAAAAUACGAUACCAGCAUGGUAGGCGCGAUUAAAGAUUACUUACACUCUCACGCAAAUGGCACGUUUUUGUGGGUGGCGUUGGUCUGCCAGGCGCUCGCGGAUCCGAAGGUUAAGAAACGGCACAUAUUAGCAGAGCUACAGACAUUUCCGCGCGGACUAGACUCUUUAUAUGCCCGAAUGCUGGAGCAGAUUGGCCAUUAUAAGGAUGCAGAGCUUUGCAAGCAGAUUCUUGCCGUCGCCGCAGUGGUUCGCCGACCUAUCAGUCUUGAUGAACUCGUCUCUCUUGUUGAGAUGCCGGAUGAUGUUUCCGAUGAUCAGGAGUCCCUGAAAGAGAUAAUCAAGCUUUGUGGCUCGUUUUUGACCAUCCGAGAACGAACGGUCUAUUUUGUCCACCAAUCGGCCAAGGACUUUCUCCUCGGCAAGGCUUCGGACAAAGCCUCCAACAAAACUUCCCGAGAGGCUUUCAAGCUGGUUUUCCCUGCUGGGAUAGAAGAUGUGAGCUAUAUCAUCUUCUGGAGGUCACUGAAUGCCAUGUCUCAGAAGCUGCGACGGGACAUUUACUGCUUAAAUGCACCAGGAUUCUUGACUGACGGUGUCCGAGCGCCGGACCCGGACCCCCUAGCAACAGUGGGAUAUUCAUGCAUCUACUGGAUUGACCACUUACAUGAUUUGGUCUCCAGCUCAAGCGCAAAAUGGGUUCGCCUUCUACAAAAUGAUGGGGAUGUCCACAAAUUCUUUACAGCGAAGUAUCUUUACUGGCUUGAAGCUCUUAGUCUACUCCGAGCUUUAUCAGAGGGCAUCAAAGCCAUACGACAGUUAGAGACCUUAUUGGGACGCGAUAAUCGGGGGCAGUUAGCAAGCUUUAUUCACGAUGCACACCGGUUUGCUUUAUCCUAUGGGAAGAUAAUAGAGCAAGCCCCUCUUCAAGCAUAUUCAUCAGCCCUUAUAUUUGCACCAACUGGCAGCUUGGUAAAGAAAGUUUUCAAGGAAGAAAAGCCUGGAUGGCUUCGUACCGGACCAGUUGUAGAAAUGCAAUGGAAUGCAUGCACACAGACAUUAGAGGGCCAUCGCCACUCGAUCCAGUCGGUUGUGUUCUCGCCGGACGGCCAGCGCGUCGCAUCGGGCUCAGCCGACAAGACCAUUAAGAUCUGGGAUGCGGCAUCAGGAACCUGCACCCAGACGUUAGAGGGCCAUGACCACUCGGUCCAGUCGGUUGCGUUCUCGCCGGACGGCCAGCGCGUCGCAUCGGGCUCAGCCGACAAGACCAUCAAGAUCUGGGAUGCGGCAUCGGGAACCUGCACCCAGACGUUAGAGGGCCAUGGCCACUCGGUCCAGUCGGUCGUGUUCUCGCCGGAUGGCCAGCGCGUCGCAUCGGGCUCAGCCGACAAGACCAUUAAGAUCUGGGAUGCGGCAUCAGGAACCUGCACCCAGACGUUAGAGGGCCAUCGCCACUGGGUCCGGUCGGUUACGUUCUCACCGGACGGCCAGCACAUCGCAUCGGGCUCAGACGACAACACCAUCAAGAUCUGGGAUGCGGCAUCGGGACCUUGCACCCAGACGUUAGAGGGUCAUGGCGACUGGGUCCAGUCUGUUACGUUCUCGCCGGACGGCCAGCGCGUCGCAUCGGGCUCAGGCGACAACACCAUCAAGAUCUGGGAUGCGGCAUCAGGAACCUGCACUCAGACGUUGGAGAGCCAUGGCGACUGGGUCCGGUCGGUUGCGUUCUCACCGGAUGGCCAGCGCGUCGCAUCGGGCUCAGGCGACAAGACCAUCAAGAUCUGGGAUGCGGCAUCAGGAACCUGCACCCAGACGUUAGAGGGCCAUGACCACUCGGUCCAGUCGGUUGCGUUCUCGCCGAACGGCCAGCGCGUCGCAUCGGGCUCAGGUGACAACACCAUCAAGAUCUGGGAUGCGGCAUCAGGAACCUGCACUCAGACGUUGGAGGGCCAUGGCGACUGGGUCCAGUCGAUUGCGUUCUCACCGGAUGGCCAGCGCGUCGCAUCGGGCUCAGCCGACAACAUCAUCAAGAUCUGGGAUGCGGCAUCAGGAGCCUGCACCCAGACGUUAGAGGGCCAUCGCCACUGGGUCCAGUCGGUUGCGUUCUCGCCGGACGGCCAGCGCGUCGCAUCGGGCUCAGGCGACAACAUCAUCAAGAUCUGGGAUGCGGCAUCAGGAACCUGCACUCAGACGUUAGAGGGCCAUCGCCACUGGGUCCAGUCGGUUGCGUUCUCGCCGGACGGCCAGCGCGUCGCAUCGGGCUCAGCCGACAACACCAUCAAGAUCUGGGAUGCGGCAUCAGGAACGUACACCCAGACGUUAGAGGGCCAUCGCCACUGGGUCCAGUCGGUUGCGUUCUCGCCGAACGGCCAGCACGUCGCAUCGGGCUCAGCCGACAACACCAUCAAGAUCUGGGAUGCGGCAUCAGGAACCUGCACCCAGACGUUAGAGGGCCAUGGCUACUGGGUCGAGUCGGUUGCGUUCUCGCCGAACGGCCAGCGCGUCGCAUCGGGCUCAGCCGACAAGACCAUCAAGAUCUGGGAUGCGGCAUCGGGAACCUGCACCCAGACGAUAAAUGUCGGUUCAACUAUUACCCAUCUAUCGUUCGACCAUGUGAGCGCUUACAUCAACACGGAUAUCGGGCGUUUCCAAAUAGCCACGGCCACCAUGGAAAGUCCAUAUCAGCUGGAUAAUCCGGUGUGUUAUGGGUAUGGUUUAGGACGAGACAAGCGCUGGAUUACCUGCAAUAACAAGAACCUGUUAUGGUUGCCACCGGAAUAUUUUGCACGCGUUUCUGCCGUGCAAGGGUGCAAAAUUGCUAUUGGCUGUUACUCAGGACGUGUUGCAUUAUUUUCAUUGUCUCGAGAUGUUUGA